CCCCGGGCUCGGGACGGGGGCGAUGCCCGCGCUCAGCCGCGCCCCCUCUUUCAGUGGAGCAAGUGGAAGAAGAGGAUGUCUAUGUCGUCCAUAUCCGCAGCUAGCGCGCGGAGGCCGGUGUUUGACGACAAGGAGGACGUGAACUUCGAUCACUUCCAGAUUCUGCGAGCCAUUGGGAAGGGCAGCUUUGGCAAGGUGUGCAUCGUGCAGAAGCGAGACACAGAGAAGAUGUACGCCAUGAAGUACAUGAACAAGCAGCAGUGCAUUGAGCGUGAUGAGGUUCGCAACGUCUUCCGGGAGCUGGAGAUCCUGCAGGAGAUUGAACAUGUCUUCCUGGUGAACCUCUGGUACUCAUUCCAAGAUGAGGAGGACAUGUUCAUGGUGGUGGAUCUGCUUCUGGGUGGAGACCUGCGUUACCACCUGCAGCAGAACGUCCAGUUCUCGGAGGACACAGUGAGGCUGUACAUCUGUGAGAUGGCGCUGGCCCUCGACUACCUGCGCAGCCAGCACAUCAUCCACAGAGAUGUCAAGCCUGACAACAUUCUUCUGGAUGAGCAAGGACAUGCACACCUGACCGACUUCAACAUUGCCACCAUCAUAAAGGAUGGAGAGAGGGCAACAGCAUUAGCAGGGACCAAGCCAUACAUGGCUCCAGAGAUCUUCCACUCUUUCGUCAAUGGUGGAACUGGCUACUCCUUCGAGGUGGACUGGUGGUCGGUGGGGGUGAUGGCUUACGAGCUGCUACGAGGAUGGAGACCCUAUGACAUCCACUCAAGCAAUGCUGUGGAGUCACUGGUGCAGCUGUUCAGCACCGUGAGCGUCCAGUACCUGCCCACCUGGUCCAAGGGGAUGGUGGCCCUGCUGCGGAAGCUCCUCACCGUGAACCCUGAGCACCGGUUCUCCAGCCUCCAGGACAUGCAGACGGCCCCGUCACUGGCCCACGUGCUGUGGGAUGACCUGAGUGAGAAGAAGGUGGAGCCGGGCUUUGUGCCCAAUAAAGGCCGCCUGCACUGUGACCCCACCUUUGAGCUGGAGGAGAUGAUUCUCGAGUCCAGGCCGCUGCACAAGAAGAAGAAGCGGCUGGCCAAAAACAAAUCUCGGGACAGCAGCAGAGACAGCUCCCAGUCGGAGUUACUUCUUUACGCCUUUGGAUGAAGCCCUGUCAGAUGGAUGACUUUCACGUGCUUGACUCUCCUUGGGCUCUUUUUUCUUUCUUGGAGUGGCCUCCUCUGCAGCAGGAAACCCUGUCACUCUGUGCGCCCCAGUACAUCUGUGACUUGUGCAUAACCAUGUUGGGAAGCAUCACUGAGCCUGCAGUCAUGAGGAGUUCCCUGCCUGUUUAUAACUCCAGCCCUUGCAUUUAUGUCCAGGAUCCACUUUGAACUGAUUUUUGUACAUGGUGUCAGGGAAGGGUCCAGUUUCAUUCUUUUGUAUAUGGAUAUCUAAUAGUUGCAGAAACAUGUUAAAAGGGCGAUUCUUCUCACACUGAAUUGCUUUUUAAAAACAUUGAUUGACCAUAAACAGCAGGGUUUAUUUAUGGACUCAGUCCUACCCCAUCAAUCUGUCCUCCCCCAGCACAGCAUCUUGGUUACUGUUGUUUCGAAGUCAGUUUUGAAACAGGAAAUUACAACUCUUCCCACUUUGUUCUUCUCUGCCAAGAUUAUUGCCUGUUUUAGGCCCCUUGCAUUUUUGUGAAUUCUGAGUGGUUUGGGGGUUGUACCUGAGCCCCUUAGCAGGACUAUUGUGACAGAGUUAGGGACUCUGACCUCCAUUUCCCAGUCUUGGUUGUCAUGGGGGACAUGUGGAGUCUGGUGCAUAGUCUAAGAAUUUACACAGGCUCCAAAGAUGCCUGUCUGCCUGAAGAUUCCUAUGUUCAGAGCUACUCAGAAAGUAUUCCCAGGAGUAGUCACUAUGGAGGGGAGAGGCCAGAAAGGACUAGGAUGGAUGAUGGUAGGUGGACCCUCAACCAGAGAGUGCGGACUGUGAUACAGAAGUGGCCUGCUCCAAAGGAGCCAACUGUUCAUAUUCCUGCACCCUGGCCACCCUAAGACUUUAGAGAGAUCUAGGUUAUGGUGGUUUCGUGAGGAUUGGCAAAGGACUCCAACAGCUUACAAUUGGAUGUUCAGGACAUGGAUGUUCAGAAGGGCCUGUGAGAUAGACUUGAGGGUUAGCUCAGCAAACUUCUGAAGACUAGGCCUCCCUCUGUGGAGACAGAUGCAGGUACCAGGUCUCCUCGGCAUACAUUUGUUGUGAACUAGCUGGCCUUCCUCACAAGGGCAUAUCACUCCCCUAGAUGAUGGGUUAUAGGUCUGAGGGUAGAAUUAGAUCUGGAAAGCAAGCAGGUAACCCCCCCCCCCACACACACACAGCUGGUGGUGGCCUUUGCCCAUCCUGAUCUAUCUGACCAUCAGGAGCCCUGGGUUCUGCUGGAUACCACUUCAGGCCCCAUCUGCUGUCUCACCCCCUGGUCUUGGUGUGGCUAGCCCAUGUUCCUCCUCUGAGUCAAUGCAGCCCCCAGGCUCCUGCUUCUUCUGUGUGCCAUUAUCACCAUGAACACAAGGGGCUGGCUUCUAUUUAUCUCCCACCCCAAGACCCCCCCCGCCAGCUCAUUCCUUACCACACUGUACUAGAACGUGGCCAUCUUGUAGGUUCUUUGACCUUUACUCUUCAGUCUGUGUGUGCACUUUCUCAGCAUCUUCCAAGGAUGAUCUGUCCUCUUCCCCUGGGCCCCAUUCUGGGUUCCCAAGAACUGUCUGAUAGUGUUUUGAAAUCUGACCACAGGGCUCACGCCAGCAGGAGAAAGUCCUCAUGCCCCACAGACGUCCUUCCUCAGCCUCAUGUUCUGAUUAAAGGCCACUCCCAGGCCACUACCCUGGUUACCUCUGGUGCCCAUUAGCUGCGCCUGCAGCAUCCUGGAAAAUGCCCUUCUGACCCAAGUGGGUCCAUCAUCCAGCCAGGCCAUGGAGCUGGGAGUCACAAUAAAGGUCCUGAGGGAGGCUGGGAAGCAGAGACAGAUCUUAAGGAAGUGGUCGCCUUCAGGGCGAGAUCACAGACCAGGGUCACCUGCAGGUUCAUCAAGCACCGGGCGCUGAGGUAACUGUCAUUUCUGACCUCUCCUGUGUAACGUCCACUCCUAAGCUCGUCUUCAGCAAAUUUACGGGAAGUAGGCUUCUGAAUAGCAGAGCUCUCGGCAGCCAGAAGUUUCCUUCCAAGAGUGGGCAAUGGGAGCAGGGCUGAGGAACUGCCCAGUGUCCAGUACAGGUCACUGGAAGGUUUUUCUG